AUGAAGACGACUCGCGACCCAGGGGUCAUGCUCGUGGACGAGUUCUCGUCCUGGUCACUCAAACACGGGCGCCACGGCGCCCUCCUGCUGCUGCUGCUCCUGCUGCUGCUGCUGCGGGUGACACUCGGCGUGGUGCGGAGCGGAGGACCGGGUGCCAUGGUGAUCCUCAGACAGGGAGACUACGUGUGGCUGGACCUGAAGACGGGCAGCGAGUUCGACGUUCCCAUCGGCGCCGUCGUCAAACUCUCCGACUCCGGGCAGGUGCAGGUGGACGAUGACGAAGGCAACGAGCACUGGAUCUCCCCACAGAGUGCGCGCCUCGUGCGCCCCAUGCACCCCACGUCGGUGCACGGCGUGGAGGACAUGAUCCGCCUGGGGGACCUCAACGAGGCCGGCAUCCUGCGCAACCUCCUCAUCCGCUACCGCGACCACCUCAUCUACACCUACACGGGCUCCAUCCUGGUGGCGGUGAACCCGUACCAGCUGCUACCCAUCUACACGGCAGAGCAGAUCCGCCUCUACACCAACCGCAAGAUCGGCGAGAUGGCGCCGCACAUCUUCGCCAUCGCCGACAACUGCUACUUCAGCAUGCGGCGCAACAACCGCGACCAGUGCUGCAUCAUCAGCGGGGAGUCCGGCGCGGGGAAGACGGAGAGCACGAAGCUCAUCCUGCAGUUCCUGGCGGCGGUGAGCGGGCAGCACUCGUGGAUCGAGCAGCAGGUCCUGGAGGCCAACCCCAUCCUGGAAGCGUUCGGCAACGCCAAGACGAUCCGGAACGACAACUCGAGCCGUUUCGGCAAGUACAUCGACAUCCACUUCAACCGGCGCGGAGCCAUCGAGGGCGCCAAGAUCGAGCAGUACCUGCUGGAGAAGACGCGCGUGUGCCGACAGGUGAGCCGGGGCCUGCCGCCAGAUCAGGUGUCUAACAGUGAUGUCAUAGUGGACAAGGUAAAUGCACUCGCCGCUGCAUAUACAUCACAUCUGGACAUGAACUUUGCCAAUGAACUCAUCCAAUUCAAGUCUCUCAUGUCUGAGGGUGAGAAGUGCCCAACUAAAUUGCUUGAGACGUUGUAG